AUGGAAAUGAAUUUCUUUGUAGUGCUUUCUUGCCUCCUUAUUCUUCUGAAUACUCCAUUCUCCCAUGGAGUAGAAACAAUUAUUUCUGGAAACAAAUAUAUAACUCAGGGUAGAACUAUAUCCUCUCCCAAUGGAAGAUUUGAGUUGGGUUUCUUCACACCAGGUCAAUCUUCCAAGUAUUACAUUGGUAUUUGGUACAAAAACAUCUCCCCUCAAACAGUAGUUUGGGUAGCAAAUAGGGUGACCCCAAUCCCCUCCUCCGCAAUCAAAUCCUCCAAACUCAGAGUCCUAGACGGCGACUUGGUGCUUGUAGACGGGGCACAAAACUUGGUGUGGUCAACCAAUCUCUCCGUCACCACGGUGAAGCGAAACUCUGUUCUAGCAACUCUUCGGGACAGCGGAAACUUGGUUUUGAGCGAGGAUGGCAUGAAUUCAACAACCCCACUUUGGCAAAGCUUUGAGCACCCGACAGACACACAUCUUCCCGGUGCCAAGUUUGGGUAUAACAAGCGAACCAAAACAACAUAUGGGUUCACGUCGUGGAAAAGUUGGGACGAUCCGGCAUCCGGGCUAUAUAGUCUUGACAAUAACGGCGACAUGGGAUUUUUAUUGUGGAACCGCACAGAGGAAUACGGGAGAAGUGGACACAAAUUCGGAACAGACACUAAUCCUUCUUUGAAGCCCAAUCCUCUGUUCAACUUCACCGUCGUGGACAACGAAAACCAGACUUACUUUACUUAUAAUUUGCUAAACCCGUCCUUGAUAGGCAGACACGUAAUCCAGGUAGAUGGGCGGGAGAAGCAGCUAACGUGGUCUGAGUCUACCCAGGAGUGGAUGAUGACCUAUGUUCAACCGCUGCAAAAAUGCGACGUUUAUGCAUAUUGCGGCCCAUUUGGCUUCUGCAACGACAACUCUACCACCGUUUGUGUUUGCUUGCAAGGUUUCAAGUACAAGUCAGAAAGAGAGUGGAGAUUAUUCAAUGAAUUCUCUGGCGGCUGUGUAAGGAACACCAGUUUGAAGUGUAGUGGAACUAAUAAUUACCAAGAAGAGGAUAUGGACGUGGACAGCUUCAUAAUGUAUCCAAACGUGAGAUUGCCAAGACAUCCUCAAAACAUCACAGCUGAGACCCAGACAGAAUGUGAGUCUACAUGUCUCAAAAAUUGCUCUUGUACCGCCUAUGCUUAUAGCAAUAGCAGUGGUGGUCAUUGUUGGAUUUGGGUGGGACAACUUUUGAACCUCAAACAGUUGGGGGAAGAUGAUAUCAAUGGAAGCACAAUUUACAUCAGACUUGCUGCCACUGAAUUUUCAAAUAUCAAAGGUACGUACAUAAUUAAUAACACACAAUGGUUAAUGUUGAAGUGCUCUUUUGUGUUUAAUUAUACAAACUCAAAGCAAUUUCUAGCGAUCAUAGCUAGUGUUGCAGUUGCUGCAGCAGCUCUAGUUGCAUGCACUAUUUUCUGCGUCUGUUACAAAAGGAGAAGAGCCGCAUUGAAAAUAACAGUGGAUGAAACGAUAGAUGAAGAUACAGAUGAUGAUGAGAACGGCAUUGGCGUCCCGCUCAUCACUUUCCAAAGCAUAUUGGAAGCUACAAACAACUUUUCCGAUGCAAAUAAGUUAGGAGAAGGAGGCUUUGGUCCGGUUUAUAAGGGUAUGCUUCUUGAUGGGCAAGAAGUUGCAAUAAAAAGAUUAUCAAGUCAAUCCAGUCAAGGAAUCAACGAGUUUAAGAAUGAAGUUGUACUAAUUGGAAAGCUUCAACACAGAAAUCUCGUUAAACUUAUAGGUUACUGCACACAAGUGGGAGAAAAGAUCUUGCUAUAUGAAUAUAUGCCAAACAAGAGUUUAGACAUCUUCAUAUUUGAUCAAACACGUCGACUAUUGUUGGAUUGGAGCAAAAGGUUUGACAUUAUAUUGGGAAUUGUUCGAGGACUUGUAUAUCUUCAUCAUGAUUCAAGAUUGAGAAUCAUUCAUAGGGACAUCAAAACAAAUAACAUUUUAUUAGAUGAAGAAAUGAUACCCAAGAUUUCAGAUUUUGGAUUAGCGAGACUGGUUGCUGGAAAUACAUUUGAAGCAAAUACCAAAAAAGUUGCAGGCACCUAUGGUUACAUGUCUCCUGAAUAUGCACUAAGUGGACUCUUCUCAACUAAGUCUGAUGUAUUUAGUUUUGGAGUGAUCAUACUUGAAAUAAUUUGUGGAAUGAAAAACACAGCAUUUUAUCAGCAUGAAGAAGUCUCAAACCUUUUAGGCUAUGCAUGGAAAUUAUGGAAUGAAGGGAAUGCAAUGGAUUUAUUAGAUGACUCAGUACUGGUUGGAUGCUGUAAGGAAUGUGAAGUGUUGAAGUGCAUAAAUGUUGGGUUGUUAUGUGUUGAAGAAGAUCCAAAUCGUCGUCCUAGCAUGCCUACUGUAUUUCUAAUGUUGACAGAUGAAAGUAUGAAUCUACCUAAACCAUAUCAACCAGCUUUUGUUACAAGAAAUCGGAUUUGCAAUGACCCCUCUACUAUAGAAUCUGAUAAACCGUGCUCCAAUCAACUUACUUUUUCAGCACAAGAAGGUCGAUAG